AGAAAGAGAGUCGACCAAUUCCAAGUCUUUAAGUCAAUGUCUCUUGUCUUCAUAUAGUUCAUCAAAAACAACACGUUUUGUUAAACAAAAGACUCUUCAAUGGUUCCAUGUACAUAGAUUCCUCCAUACAUUCACGUUGAGAGCUAAAGAGCUAAUCUCUCGAUCCUAAUCGCUAUUAAUCUAAUCUUAAGAAUAAUGCCGGUUAGUGAGCUUAUGGCAGGGGCUGCUCUUGGACUUGCUCUCCAAGUCCUUCACGACGCCAUCAAAAAAGCAAAAGAUAGAUCUUUAACCACAAGAUGCAUCUUGGACCGUCUUGAUGCUACAAUCUUUAGGAUCACUCCGUUGGUGGCUCAAGUCGAUAAGCUUAGCGAAGAAGUGGAAGAUUCACCAAGGAAAGUCAUCGAAGAUCUUAAGCAUCUCCUUGAAAAGGCUGUUUCUCUUGUCGAGGCUUAUGCAGAACUCAGACGCAGAAACUUACUCAAGAAGUUCAGGUAUAAGAGAAGAAUCAAAGAGCUAGAAGCUUCAUUAAGAUGGAUGGUAGAUGUUGAUGUUCAAGUCAAUCAAUGGGUAGAUAUCAAAGAACUCAUGGCUAAGAUGUCCGAAAUGAACACUAAACUUGACGAAAUCACUCGUCAACCAACAGAUUGUAUUUGUUUCAAGAGCAAUCAUAGCACAUCACAAAGUAGUAAUCAAGAUAUUGUGGAAGAAACUGACCGAUCUUUAGAAGAAAAUGUUGAAUGUUCGAGUGAUGGAUCUAAACCGAAGAUUGAUAUCCACAUUCACUGGAGUUCAAGGAAACGGAACAAAGACCGUGAAAUCCGAUUCGUCUUGAAGUACAUGAGAAAAAUCAAAGAGUUAGAAGCUAGAUUAAAAUGGGUGAUAGAUGUGGAUCUUCAAAUCAAUCAAUUGGCAGAUAUCAAAGAGCUCAAGGCCAAGAUGUCUGAAAUGAGCACUAAACUUGACAAAAUCAUGCGUCAACCAACAGAGUGUACUUGUGUCAAAAGCAAUUGUAGCACAUUGGAAAGUACUAAUCAAGAUACUGAAUGUUCAAAUGAUGGAUGGAAACUGAAGAUUGAUAUCAACAUCGGCUGGUGUUCAAGAAAACAGAACAAAUGCCAUGCGAUCCGAUUCGCCGUGCAGUGAUGAUUCUUGAUGUACCAAUUGUGUCAAAUCACUCAUAUGUAUUAAUAUGAAUAAUCUAAAAUGUAGAUUCAACUUUGUAAUAAUUUGGAGAAUUCCUU